AUGACCAAGCUUCUCGGAUUCGCUCAUCCAGAUGCUAAGGACCAAGUUGAUCGGAUUUCUAAUGAGGAUGUGAGUGAGGAAGGAGUUACAAGAGGUGUUGUGGAGCAUAAGGAACAAUCGGCUAGCAGGAAUGAUCAAUCUUCGGAGGCAUUGAAUGCCCUUGCUCAAGAAAUGGACCCUCAAGAUAUUGAAGAUCCUGCUGACUUCUUCUACGCUUUACCAAAAAGAAUGACAGACGAUUCGGUAGAAGAGGCCUUGGGACAAGAGAAUGCACAAAGAGAAGGCGUCAGCGCUCGAGAAGAAGCUGUUAUGGUACCAGAACCAGUGGAGGAAGCUAAGAAGGAAGGAGAUGGAUAUUUCCAGAUGGACGAUGGGGUACCAGAAUCAGAAGAGCGGGUCCUAGUUGAUGAUGUAGAGAUGGAUGAUGUGAUGGAAGAAGUGAAACCAGAAGCACAAGAACAGGAAGAGGAAGCUGUCGAAAACAGAAUGGAGGAAAUGGUCAUCCACAACUCGCCAAUAGCCACAAUCGUCAUCAGAGACUCAACUGUUAUUUUGACCUUUAAUGGCAUCGAGCAAUUGGAAGUGCCUGCUCUGGAUUUUGGAGCUAUCCUCCAACGAUUGAGACAAGUCGAAGUAAUCGAAGAGUUUGUCUUUAUGUGCGAUGGUCAUCUUUGCCAGCUAGCCGACUCCAUCACAAAUACCAUCGUCGAUAGCUUGCAGAAUGAAGGAUCUCAGAUUCCCGCCGCCCGGUUCGUCUACAAAUGCUCCAGCACAGGUGCCGUGCUGUUCAUGGAGCUCUUGAAGAAGUUCAACCCCCAAGUUUUGAAGUCAGUGAAAGUGGAGAAUGAGAAGUUCCCGGGUGUAUUCAUCUGCGACCUCCAAGAUCUGGAACAAUGGAAGAAUCUGGAAGCCCUUGAGAUUGUCCCUAUGGUGCCGGCAGAUGCCAACGAAGAUUAUUUUUUGGCUAUGGACGACUUCAAAGUAACUCUCAGCUCUGCAAGCAAUUAUGAGAUUAUUAGUUUGGAAACAAAGUUCAAGAACAAAGAGCCAAAGAUAGAUGUGCUUCCAAGAUUUGAUAUUAAGACUAUUGCGCCGUCCAAGAUCAAGAAAUUUGCCGAUCAAAACGGGUUGAAGGUCAAAAUGCAAAACGGGAUAUUGAUGUUCACCAGACCCACACGGGUUCCCGAACAACUAGCUGUUUUUCGAUUUGAGCCUAACCGCCUUCGAGGGAAAUAUGCCCCAAGGGAUGUUGUUGAUAAGGCUGAUGAUUUAUCCAUCUUUUUCGAUUAG